UAAGAAGAUUCAUUCAUCUUCUCAACAGUUGCCUCUGAAGCGUUGCCGUGGAUACAAGCUACCCUUAGGAAAUCGAGUGUAUCUUCGAAAUAGGCGCUAUGUGUAAAUUCGCCUUGAAAUAUUUGCUGCGUUUAUUAUUCGACUUUGUGAUCAUAGCCGUUCUUCUUGUACUCUCACUAAAGACUUAUCUGUUUUUGGGUGCCCCCACCCGCCGUGGCUUCUUUUGUGGCGAUGAAUCUCUCAUGUAUCCCUUCCAUGAGGACACCAUCAACUCUCAUAUGCUGCAGAUCUUAAGUUUUGGCAUACCGUUGCUGGUGAUUGUUGUGUGUGGGCUCCUGGAAAAUCUGGCGCUGCAGAAGCGCUCUGUCGGUACCCACCUAAGGACACUCCUCACAAUACACGAUUCCUUGCUGCCUUUUUUGUUUGGCUAUGCUGCUGUACGUCUAAUAAAGGAUGUGGGCAAGGUCACGGUGGGACGUUUGAGGCCAUAUUUCUUUGAAGUUUGCCAUCCCGUCCAUGAGGAUGUGCCAAUUUGUGAUGAUGCCAGAAAUUAUGGAAUUUACAUAGAGGAGUAUGAGUGCGUGGGCAGCAUGGGAGAUACCGAGGGUGCAGCUCAUACAUCGAUUGUGGAAAAUAUUAUGCGCUCCUCCUUUCCCAGUGGCCAUGCAGCUCUCGCCUUCUUUGGCAUGAGCUUUACAGUAUUCUACUUGCAGCGUUUUUCUUCAAUAUUGCGUCGUAGCUGUGCGAAUGUAGGCCUAGUAAUGCCGUUGUUGCAAUUCGUAUGCAUCCUUGUGGCAUGGUUUGUUGCCACUAGCCGUGUGCUGGAUUACAAACACCAUUGGUCGGAUGUGGUGGCAGGAGGAUUUUUGGGCUUAGGUGUUGGCAUUGCGGUUGCCUACUAUGUGCAUGGUCAUCUCAAAGGUAGUGGCACAUUCCUCGAGGUAGUUGAUACACCAAAAGUGUCCAUCACUAGACACAACAACCGUGGGAUAAGUGAAAGGUCAUCAGUUUAUGCAUCAACAUCCAGCAGCAAUGCCCAAAACAAUUCAGUGACCAAACAAAUAUCAAAAGCUUAGGAUGUCACAUAAACAUUGAGUAAAAUUCGUAAAAAAUCUGUACUAAGUGUUACAAAGAAAGUAAAAAUGUGCAAAAUUAUGGGAAAAGAAAAAAACAAACUUUAAAUGUUUUACUAUAUAUAAAUAAAUUUUUCUUUUUUAUUUCAA